AUGUCCAACGCAACAUCGAAUCCGCCAGUGAGUCUCCCUUGCGGGAAGUUGUACAACCUCACCAUUAGUGCAGACACUAGCGCGAUGGAAGGAUGGUGCUGUGGCCAAACUGCUUUGAGUGGCUGGGAUACGAGAAACGAUACCCUUUCGCACAAUUUCACAGCAAUUUCGUGCAAUUAUGAUCAAAUGUUGUAUAUUGACAACAGUACAAGUGCUGUAGAUGGGUACCUCUGCGGGCUUGGAUACCUUUCCUCAAAUUUCACCCAAGUGACUUCUCAGACAAGCAGUAGUGCAAAAAUUCAGAUGAAAUGGAGUCAUUUGGUGUUCUUCGGUUCUCUUUUGACAGCUUUGGUAAUUUGA